AUGAUCGAUCUUAUUACCGAAUCUGCAAUUACAUUGCAAGAGUCAUGGAAAAGUAGGAUUGAUCAAGAGGGUGGAGUGGCAGAUAUCAAUAUUGAUGAGGACAUGAGAAUCUUCUCCGGAGAUGUUAUCUCAAGAGCUUGUUUUGGAAGCAAUUUUGCCAGUGGGCAAGUGAUUUUUCACAAACUAAGAGCUCUCCAAGAGGCCAUGUCUAGGAAAUGCUUGGCUACUGGAAUCCCUGGAAUGAGACAUCUUCCUACGAAGAAUAGAAGAGAAGCAUGGGGACUAGAAAAAGAGGUUCGCAGUUUGAUACUCCAAGUUGUGAAGCAGAGAGUGGAAGGUGUUCAUGAUGACAAGGACCUGUUGCAAAUGGUUCUUGAGUGUACCCAAAGCAGUGACCUGAGCCAAGCAGAAACUGAUAAGUUCAUUGAAUGGCAAGAAAGCGUCCGUGCCGAGGUUCUUCAAGUUUGUGGUGGCCAGAUUCCAGAUGUUGACAUGCUCCGGAAGAUGAAACAGCUAACAACGGUGAUUCAUGAAUCGUUGCGCCUGUAUCCGCCGGUGUCUGUGGUAUCAAGAGAGGCCUUCAAGGACAUGAAAUUUGCUGGCAUACAUGUUCCUAAGGGUGUGAACCUAUGGAUUAUGGUACUGACAUUGCACACUGACCCUGAAGUAUGGGGACCUGAUGCCUACAAGUUCAAUCCAGAAAGAUUUGCAAAUGGAAUUACAGGGGCUUGUAAGCUUCCACACUUGUACAUGCCAUUUGGGGUUGGACCAAGAGUGUGUCUUGGGCAGAACUUGGCCAUGAUUGAGCUCAAGUUACUAGUAGCUCUUAUUCUCUCUAAAUUUUCUUUCUCCCUAUCUUCCAAGUAUUGCCACAAACCAGCAAUAAGGUUGGUGAUUGAGCCUGAGCAGGGAGUCAAUCUCUUAGUGAAGAAGCUGUGA